AUGGCCGAAUACGAUGACGAUGAUUUCAAUUAUUCUGACAGCGGAAGCGAAGUCGAAAUGGAUGACGUGAGCCUUGUUUCCCAAUUUUUCAAAAUUGAUUUGAAGUAAAUACAUUAUUGUCGGAAAGAAGGAAUAAACUGAAAUUCCCCGUGUAAGAAAAAAUAUCAAAAUUUCGAGAUCUUCGACAUUUUCUGCUGCGUUUUCAAUCUUAUUUAUUGUUUUCACCUCUAUUGUUGGGAAGAUCGAAAUAAAGGUCGUGAAUAGGGUUUUUUUUUCAUGUAAAAGGGGUAAUACCCAUGUUUUGACAGACCUGUUUCCCAAAUUUUCUGGUUCGAAAUAAAACUUUUGAUGUUGAAAUUAAUGUGAAUUAUUUUUUAACUAAUAAAAUGUUCGCCGUGAGAUAAAUCAUUUCCCUCAAAAUUUUUAUUGGAGUUCACUCAUUCUGUCCAGUAUGAACUCUGAUCGUAGCGCUUUAUCCCCAAAUAGUUUGAAUGAAUCUUACGACUUACUUAACGUGUCUCAGGUUAACAAAUUAUCUUGUCUGGUGGUACAUUUUAAAAUUCCAGGGCAUGAGCGAGGAUGACGGAAUCGCCAUGGAAGCUGAAGAUCAAAACGGAAUGUCCGAGCAGAAGGACAGUUCCCUCGAUUGCAUAGUGAGCUUCAGCUUUUUUUUUCGUUCUGCAUCCCUUCUUUGCAGAUAAUGACAUCCGAGCAGUUAGAGAAGGAAAUGAAGGAAACAAUUUCCGAAGUGGGGAAUAUUCUGCACGUUCCGUUAGGAACCUGCCGCAUUCUUUUACACAAGUACAAGUGGAAUAUGGAGAGUCUCAUGGAGCGGUUCGUCUUUCAUUUUUGAAAAGUUUUGCUUUGGGGAAAAAAUCUUUAUAAUCGCCCCGUAUAAAUAUUAAAGAAAACUGAAAUUCGGGCUAAUGAAACUCAAUUGUUUUUACUUUAGGCGGCCCUUACACGUUCAUUUUGUUUACAGGGUGUAUUUUUUUAGAAAACGACAAAAAAAAACUGAGUUUAUUAGUUAGUUAUAAAGCUUUUUUUAUCUCCUCAGGCACUGAUGGCGCGUGCGCCGGAUCUUCUUUUUGCCUUUUUUUCGAUCAUAUUUUUUUGAUCAUAAAAAAUAAAUUGAAAGAAUGAAUGAAUAUGAACUAAUAAACUCUCUUUUUCCAUUUUUUUAUGCAUCUUUUCUUAUCAUGAUGCUUAGGUUCAAAAAAAUUUAACGCGUAAUACUCAACCAAUCCUAUUUUUCAUCUAAAAAUAGUUCUUCAAAAUUUUGCACAAAUGUGCUUGAAAUAUUAUUGAAAAUUGAGCAAGGAUAUUGAUGAUUUUCAAAAAACUAACGAAAACGUAUUUUAAAAAAGAAAAAAAAAGUCGAAAUUCCGUCUCGUGCCAGUCCUGAGUCUUGUACAAAGGCGAAUCGAGAAGGUACCAUAAUGUUUUCACAAAGGUACCUCUCAAAAUGGAUCGUGAAGGCUCCAUAAUGUGUCCAUUGUGAGACCUCCGGCAUACCUUUUAGCUAUAUCUGAGCCAUCUCGGAGAUACUUGAGAGUCUCUCUCAAGUCCAUCUCAUUUUGCUCAAAAUCCUCAGAGGUAUUCUCGAGGUACCAUCGUGAGACAUCAGAGCCUGCGAUAUACCUCAGAGGGUCUCGCGUUACCCUUUCUCGAUCCGCCUAUGUAUUUGUGGAUCAUAUCAGGUCAUCAAGAAAGUACUUUUUUUCUGAUACUACAUCAAGAAAAACAAAUUAUGAAACAUUUUUUUUUGCAGUUAGCACGGCUUAUAGUCCAUUCACUGCUGGCUUACGACAAAAAAAAGUGUGCGAUGUCUAAUUUUCUACUAUUUUCCUUCAGUCUGUAUAUAUUCCAUUCACGAUCAGUUUGGGAUAGAAUACAGAAACGUCAAAAUCUAUUCUUCUUUGUUCCAGCUGUCUCGCGAUGAUAGUGAAAGGCCCUCAUUGUAUAUUGUCUCGAGCCAGCGGCGAGUGAACUAUAACCAAGUUCAAUUAUUUCCUUAUCGUUCGAAAGAGCAUAAAUUUUCACGUCUCAUCUAUAUUACUGAUAUUCCUCUCUGAUCACCGCAGCAAACAAUUUUGUUUAUUUAUAAUAACUCAGAAAUUAGAACUGAGUUAAUCGAGCUUAUACUAUUAAUAUUAUAAAUAGGUAAAUAUGAAAUUAUUUGGGCGAUCUUUCCAGUUCAAAUAAAUUUAACAUCUUUAAAACUGUUCCUGACCACUUUUUAUGCUGAUGAACCUAACGUAAAACUAGAAUGAGGAAGUGUAAGAGGCCUCCAAAAUUGGUAUUUUGAUAAAUGUGUUUACGGGAAUUCUUGUUAAUUUUGCUUACACAGUUUAGUGCAACUAUAAUUUUAUUGGAAAAAAAAGAGAAGCUUUGCAAUUUACCUAUUCUCGGAAAGUGCUUGUACGCGAUAUCUUUUUCCUUAGAUCUUAGUUUCAUAGUAGUUAGUGAUUAAUUCAAUAGUUUAAGGUUUUACGAGCACCCGGACACGAUGGCGUUCUUGAGAGCGGCACACGUGGUUCCGAAAAACGCGGUGACGGCGCCGACGUCUUCCACCGCCGACUGCGACAUUUGUUGCAACCUCGCCGAACUGAGUGGCCUCGCCUGCAAUCACCGCGCCUGCACGGCCUGUUGGCGACGUUACCUUCAGACCAAGGUCUCUUCGCCUCGAGUCAAUUCCUGACCCUCAUCUGAUUUUUUAUGAACUUUUUUUCAAAUUUUUAUUGGUUACAGAUAACUGUUGACAAUACGAGUGAAAUCGAAUGCAUCAUGAACGGCUGCGAGCUUUUGAUCGAAGACGAAAAGGUUUUUUUUCCGCUUUUUUCACGAUUUUUUGUAGUAGAGCAAACUACUUUUGAAUUGAGAAAAAAAUUGAUUUGAAAGUUUUGAUAAUCUUCUGUUAGAUUCGAUAAGAUGUUUUGAAUAAGAUAAUUUGUAACAUUUUCAUUAGGAAUUGUGUGAAAAAAAAAUUUUUUGCUUCUUGAAAGCUCUGACGCAAAGUUAAUUUUUGUUUACUUUGAAAAUUUUCGCUAUAACCUCUUCAACUGUGUUUUUUUUUUCACAAUCUGUGAUUUAUACAUUUUCCCUUUUCUUCCGUUUCGAGAACCGAAUAAUCGAAGAAAUUACCACUUAUAAGAGCCCUAUACUGAACAGGCUGAAUAAAAAAUUUUUCAUUUUUUCAUUGAGGCCCCUAACCAACUCUGCUUGAGGUGAUGUCGUACGUGGUUGAAGAGCCCGUACGCGCUUCCUACAAACGACUGAUGAUCAACAGCUACGUGGAGACGAACCGGCUUCUACGGUGGUGUCCCGGCGUGGAUUGCGGCCGCGCAGCCAAGGUUGGCCGUUUUUUGCAACCGACUCGACGCGAGUUUCGCAGGUGUCCCACUGUGAACCGCGGCUAGUCGUCUGCACCUGCAAGUCCCGGUUCUGCUUCGCCUGCGGCAACGAAUGGCAUGAGCCCGUCAAUUGUCGUCUUCUUCGGUUGUGGCUCAAAAAGUGCUCCGACGACAGCGAGACGAGCAAUUGGAUCAACGCCAACACCAAGGAGUGUCCCAAGUGCUUGGUUCGUUCUUGCUUUGUCCUCUUUAUAUUCCCAAUGCUCGGAAAAACUAUAUUCUUCCUCAGGUGACGAUCGAAAAAGACGGCGGCUGCAAUCACAUGACCUGUAAGAACGUGGCUUGUCGCGCCGAGUUCUGCUGGAUGUGCCUCGGUCCCUGGGAGCCGCACGGGAGCAGCUGGUACAGUUGCAACCGGUGAGUGACAUCUGAAUGUUCAUUUUCCAAAGAUUUUUUGCAAAAAUGUCUGUAGUGCGUUGGUCAUGGUGUUCCAUGUGCAGUCGUGAACAUUCAGGGUGCUUUGAUUAAGAGAAACGACUCGAGUUUUCUCAAAAGUUAUUUUAUUCCAUUUUUUUUCAUUUUUAAAGCUUAUCUAAAGUGGUCUGCAAAGUUUCAUUGUAGGCCAUUUUUUGUGACUAGGCAAAAAAAACCUGUCUAUGUAUAUCAAAUCCUCUCCGACCUAAAGUCGGAGAGGUAAAUAGUUUGGAGAGGAUGAAGCGUUGCGUACGCGACGCGGCUUCUAUGGAAGGAACCUCGUUUGAAUUUCUAAUUGGACGAACAAUAGUAAAAAAAAUAAUUUUAAAAAGCUUAAUUUUCUUUCAACCUUUUUUCCAUGAUCGAGUUCCACGUCAAAAAGCCUGCGUUUGCCGAAUUACCCAUUUUAUUUUUUUCAAGUCGCGAAAAAAAUUGACUAUAUGUUUCAAAACAGAUAAAAAAAUUUCAGCAUUUUUUUGCAAAACUGAGUCAAAAAAAUCGUUACUUUUUUUAAUUAAAAGACUUUUUUUGUCUUCAAAAGAUUAAUACGCAGAAAAUUCAUCCUACCGAUUUUUUUUCUUGAUCUCCAUUCGACGCAAAAUGCAGGUUCGACGAUUCGGCAGCCAAGACGGCCCGCGACGCUCAAGAAGUCUCUCGCGCCGCCCUCCAGCGCUACCUUUUCUACUACAACCGAUACAUGGGCCAUCAGCACAGUCUCCGUCUCGAAAAUAAGGUUUUUCUCCGCGCUUUCAUGCUAUCUUCUCUCCUUUCCUUUCUCAGCUGUACGCGACGGUGAAAGCAAAGAUGGAACAAAUGCAGCAGAUGGCCAUGUCUUGGAUCGAGGUGCAGUUCCUUCGGAAGGCCGUCGACGUCCUUUCCGAGUGUCGCCGCACCCUCAUGUACACCUACGCGUUCGCCUAUUACCUUCAGAAGGACAACAACUCUAUCAUUUUCGAAGAAAAUCAAAAGGUUUUCGAUUCUAAAUAACAAUUUAAACGUUUCCUUAAGUGGUCCUAGUGAUUUCUGAGAAAAUAUAACCACUAUGAGCUACCUUUAGUGUUAUGAAAUGAUAAGAAAGAUCUGAAACUGACAAAAGCUCUUUUAAACGGAAAUCGGACACAUUUUUCAUCAACUUCCACUGUUGAGAUGUUUUGCGGGUUUUUUGGAUAUUACAAAUUCGUCCGUUUGUUACUAUUUUUUUUGAGUUUUCAAGUGUUUGACUCAAAGAAAAAAAGUUUCAUUUAUCGAAAUCAAAGCUGAAAGAAAAUGAUUUGUUUUGAGGACUUGGAGAUGGAGACUGAAAAGCUUUCGGGCUUUUUGGAACACGAACUCGAGUCGGAAAACCUGGUAACUCUGAAACAGAAGGUAGGGAAUCCGAGGGCUUCUUGGUUGAUUGAAACGACGAAAUAGGUACAAGACAAGUACCGGUACGUGGAGCAUCGUCGAGGAAUCCUGCUCAAACAUUGUCAGGAAGGAACCGAGCGCGACCAGUGGAGAUACGCCGAAUAA